GGUUCAGCUUGUGAGCGGGGAAGCCCCGCUACCAAAUGUGAAUUCUGGUAAAGCUCGAAAGACCAGGGAUUGACUAUUAAGUUUGAGUCACCGUCAGUCUGUUUAUGGUGGGGUUACAAGAGUUGGAAGUAUGGAGGCACGAGUGGUUUCUCCCAAGUUCUAAUGUAUGCUAUUUCGUGCGUGUAAUGGUUGUCCUCAACAGUGCAUUAUUACUGACGUUGAAACAGCUUACUUUUCUUAUUUCGUGCGUGUGAAAUUAUCUCUUUUUCUGUUUGAUGGUUGCUACCGUCAAAAAGAGUACAUUCACAUUGUUCGGCAGCAUCAAUUUAUUUCUUGUACAAUUCACGUUCAGCAUCAUCUACCGAAAUCUGACACUAUGCCUUUUGGAAAUGUUCUAAUGCAGUUUCCUUUGCAACAGAGUGCAAAUGAACUGGAUGAAACUUAUGAGCCUAGAUGGGAAGACCCUAAUAAUUACCUGGCAUCUAUUUGGACAAGAGAUGAAACAAAUUCCUGGGAAAAUAGUGAGAGUUCUGAAUACUUUGUACAUUCCACAGCUGUGAACAAGCAGUUAGCCUUCCCAAAUGAUUGUGUAAACACAGACUGGAAAACGAAGUCUGUGAAACAGUGGGAGUCUAAUGACAUAAUGUGCUGGAUAAUUUCAGUCGCUAAUAAGAAUGACCUGAACUCUGAAGAAAUAGGUAUUUCGCAGUUUAAUGAUAUAGAUGGAGCAACACUGUACAGUAUGUCUGAAGCAGAUUUUGUAUCCAGAGAAUCACAGCAUGGGAAAUUUCUUUUCAGUACUUUGCAGCAACUGAAGCAAGAGCAAGAGCAUCAGCAGGUGGAUAAUAUAAACAAAUUGCCUCCAGUAUCCACAAUUAAGCCUGAUGAGAGGGAUUAUUACCCAUUACUUAUGAAUCUUAACUCAGCAAGCACUUCCAGAAUUGAAGGCCACCAAUCCUCAGAUGAAUCUGAAGGUGGAAUACAUGGCAUUCCACCAAGUGUAACAGGCAAGAGACGACCAGGGCGGCCUCGUAUACCUGGACGUAGGAGUAAGAAACCAGAAAAGAAGACUGGAAGGUUGUGGGAGUUCAUUAGAGAUCUACUGCUGAAUAGAGAAUACUGUCCAAGCUUAAUCUGCUGGGAAAACCAUGAUGAAGGUGUUUUCAGAUUUGUUCGUAGCGAGAAGGUUGCGAAACUAUGGGGAUCACUUAAAGAGAACCCUAAAAUGACGUACGAAAAAUUGAGCCGUGCCAUGAGGUACUACUAUAGGAGCAAAGUGUUGCAGCCUGUUUUGGGCCGGAGGUUGGUGUACAAAUUUGGACCUACUGCAACAGGCUGGCAGACACCAAAUCCAAACUUCAGGGUAUAAGUGUCUGAGAACAAUUUAGUUGUAUGCUCAUUUCAUCAUGGGCAGCACUGAAAAAUUAUCUGUGAUUUGAAAUUUGCGCGAAUACGAAGUUUAUUUUGGGGAGGGGGUUGCAGGUGGAAAUUGUGUUGGCCAAACAAGUGUUUGUGACUGAAUUACCAGAAGUCAUAAAGGGAGAAUUUGUACUGUACUGUUUAAGGCUGUUAUGACCCAGUUUAAGGCCAAAUGUAACAUAUUCUCUCGUGUAUAUGAACGAAAUGACAUUCUCAAAUUGUAGUAUGCUUCAGGCAGCAUACUGACAGCAUUUUGAGUGAUUGAAUGAGUCCAGGCAAAUUGGAAACAGCAUUCUCAUAUUGUAUUCUACGGAUACACUAUUGAUAGUAUUUCAGUUGAUAGUCUGAAUGAAUCCCAGUGAAAUGGAUUUGUGUGAAAUAUUCUCAGGUCGUUGAUUAGUGAUAAUUAUUGAACAGUUUUCAAACAUCCUGGUCAAAAGCAACAUAAGACACCAGUCAGUAAAAAUGUAAAGAGGUCAUAUCUUUAGUCAUAAAUAUGAAACUUGUGCUGACAGUUUGUUCGUUACAACUGGAAAUGGGUGGAUGGAAUUAACUCCCAUUAAAAGAACAUUCCUGUUGCAACACUGACUUCUGCUCAAUGAAGGAUAUGACAUUUUGUAUCCAACAAACAUUUAAUCAAAACCAUUUUAUGUCACAAAUAUUCCUAGUAUAUUAAGCUUUCAUAAUAAUAUAUAACCAACUUUUUAUCAUCUGCAUUAAAUUUGUGAAUUUAUGUGAGAAAUGUGGAAAGAAGUUUGUCUUUCAUCCAGUGUCAACAUAAAAGUUAUGAUGCCACGAGUUGGAGAAUUAUUUCUUUUGUCCCAGCAAUUUUUGAUGUUGAUAGUACUGAAUGUUUUUUUUGAAAAACAUUUUCAUGUGAGUUGUGGCUUAUGUUUAACAUGUUUAAAAUGUAUUGCACAAAAAUUAAAGUUCAGUGGUAAAUAUUUAUUAUACACAUUAAAAAUAUGUACAGAUUAAAUGUUACAAAAUGCAAAAUUAUGCAUUCAUGUACACAGAUGAGUGUUUGUUGGAAUACACACACACAAACAAAAUCUACAUACAUGUAUAUACAUGCACAUAUAUACUUUUUUAUAAUUUUAUGCUUUAAAUCAAACAUGAUUUUAUUUUAUAAAUGUACUGUGUUUAUUUUUUUAAGUUGAUUUGCAUACCUGAUCGAGUUUCAGUAUUUUCAGAAAGAUAUGGUUUGACCAUAGUAAAUGUCACUAGUAUAUUACCAGAAUCAUUUGAUGUGCUGUCAUGGUGUACUUCAGUGUUUGCAUGCCUAUCUUUGACAUACUGGUGGUAAGGCUUGUAUGCUGUAUAAAUAAAAUAAAACUGAUGACUGUUCCUAAUAAACAUGGCAUUUACUAGUA